UUUUUUUUAAAGCACAACUUUAUUCUUCUUACUUUUUUUUUUUUUUUUUUUUUUUUGGUUGAAAAGUUGACGGCUGUGUACCAAUGAGUAACGGUGGAGCUGCAGCUGGCGCAAAGUCGAGCAGCAACACGCGCCGUGUCUUCAAGAAGCAGUCGUAUGACGAGCAGCUGACGCUGUACAUCCCAACGCGCGAGUUUGUCGACGCCGGCGCGCAUGUCGAUGUGGUGGACGCCGUCGUCCUCAUCGACGACAUUGUGCGCAAGAACAAGGAGAAGAAAGUGUUUGUCAAGCUCACAGGAUGCUUCCGCUACGGAAACAACGACUGGGACGUGUUGGGUGUCGGCUUUGAGAAGGCGCUGUACGAGGUGACUGUGCCCGUCUAUCCUCCACCGGAAAAGUACGAGCGUAUUACCAAGUUUCAAGAGCGCAUGUGCAAAAAGCUCGGACGCAAUUCCUUCCCGGCGACACUGAGCUUCCGCCCGAACCUGCCUUCGUCAGUGCAAUUGCUCACCAUUGGCCAAGAGGAGAAGAAAAAGUCAUCCAACGGCGUCGUGGACAACUGCGGCGUCUUUUACGACGUGAUUGCCUAUGUGGCGAAGGAUGUGGCUGAGGCUCCCAACAAGAAACAUGCCGCUCGCUUUGCCAUCAAGAAGGUUCCGCACACCCCAGCAUCAGCCGACGGCGUGUCCAUUUCGAAAAUUGUGGUCGAAAAGAAAGACCCCAACGUGGAAGUCGCAUUGAGUAGACAUCUGUACUACCACGGCGAGCCCAUCGAAGUCGAACUGGCGAUUGCCAACACGUCGCGCGACAUCAAGUCGAUUGAAAUCCGUCUCAUUCAAUUGUUGACAUUGCAAAUGGCGGAUGCUCCUAAGAGCUGGAAGUAUAAGAAUAAGCUGACCUUCCUCGAGUCUACCGCUGACUGCCCAAUCGUAAAGGGCACAACCUAUAAGCGCACAUUUACUUUGCAGCCGAUCAUUCCCAACGCGCAGGACAAGAAGGAGGUCCGACACGUUGCGAUUGACAGCACAGAGACGGGCGAAGACCCAAAGCUUGCGGCAACCACGCGACUGACGCAUUCUGGCGCCGAUACGAACGCGGGCCUGAUUGUCAAUUACUAUGUUCAUGUUACUCUGCACCGCGCGUUGGGAAAUAUCAAGGCCAAGGUGCCGUUCACCCUCUCGCACCACGAGCGACCCAAGCCGUCCAAGGCGUCAGCAGCUGCUUCGCUCAAGUCAUCAUCAGCGUCCCACCAAGUUUCUGCCUCCAGCUCGCAAAGCGGCGCUUCGACGUCUGCAGCGGCCUCUGCACUCUUGCAACCGCCGGACAACAGCAGCAGCCACUCUGGCGGUGCCACCGAGUACAUGUCCGGAGCCGAUCUUGAUGAUCUCGGUGAUUGGGACGAGGAAGACUCCAAGCUGUCUGAAGAGUUUGCCAAGUUCAUUUCCGACCGCGCGAAAAACUAUGAUUGAACAGAGGUCGACAGUCUUUGGUUGUUCCCCCCCCCCCGUCAUGUUCUAUUGCCCUCUCUCCCAUCAUGAUGAUGAUGAUUCCCGGAUCAGUCUUUUGGCUUCUUUUGGUGACUCGUUUGUUAGAUUGUACUUUUUUUCUUCCGCUUUGUUUAUGUCUGGUGAGGUUUUUGUUUGAUUGUUUUCAUUCUGAAGAUAUGCUUGCUCUUCCAACUAGAACAAAAACAC